AUGAGGUUACGGGAGCUGCUUCUGGUUCUGGCUCUGGGCUGGAGCCGGAGUCGGGCCGACGACGGGGGUCUCGCCGAACUUCUCGACGUCCCUCAGAGCGUCUUCUUCGUUCCGAGAAACGCCAAGGAAGGCGACGUGAUCGUCGCCGAACGCGAUAUUCGCGUCAGAAAUGUUCGUUUUUUUAUUUUUAUUGUCUUUAAAUAGCUUUUUCUUUAAACAUUGGUUCAAAAAUCGCUAUAAUGAGCAAAGAACAUCUAUUGAGAAUAUAUUUUCCAAGAAAUUUGACUCAAAAAUACUGACUUUUUCUCUUCCACCCGAUGAUUUUUUUCAUUACCUUUUUCAUUAUAAUUUUUUUACCACUAGUUCUGAAAAAUAUUAGUCCUGCUUUUUUUAUUUUUUUAAAAAAAUGCUUUGAAGUUCUUAAAAAAAUCGUUCUGUUGAAUUAUUGAAGAAAAAAACUUAGAAAAAAAGACGAUUUUUUUCAAAAUUUGAUAAAUUUAUCUAUUCUUCUUUCUGUUUUUCACCAUUCAUCACCUUGAAUCGACUUUUUUUCGAGUUUACUUUCAUCUCAAUAUUUGUUUUCGGUUUAUAUUCAAUUUGCCACUUGAAAUGUAAAGACGUCGCGAAUAUCGUUUCAAGUCGGGUGCACUUUCAAUCGUUUUUUCGUUCAAAAAUUUAGCUUAUUUUACAUUUUUUUACAUGAAACUUGCACUUGUGGUUCCACUCAAGUUUUCAAAUCAUUUUAGUGGCCACUUAUUCCAUUAAUAGUCAAAAUUUUCCGCUUUCACUAUCCAUUUUAUUUUGAACUUGUUGCGACUUUUUUUCUGGCAUUUGAAACGUCUUUUCUAUGACGUCAUUUUUUUUUGACGACGCCAAAAUUUUUUCGAAAAGUAAAUUUCUCAAAUGAGUACACUAAGACGUUGUUUUCUUCCCAUUCAAGCUCCGAAAGUCGAUUCGAAAUACAAUUAUUACCCAUUUCGCUAGCCGCAAAAAUCGGAACGGCGGCGGGUCAUUGAACUGAUUGAUGAUCAGAGUUAACAGCAGUUGAUUAGCCAAUCGCCGUCGCAUUUGACAUGUUCCAAUGCCAAAUGUGUUCGGUUGACCCCAAUUUUUCGUUUCGUUUUUGGGCGGAAACCUUUAGUUUCUUGUCGCCGCGAGAGCGGAUUCCUUCUCACUUUGUUUAAAGUAGAGCGGUAAUGAUAAGCGAGAAAAAUAUUGGUUUGAAUGGAAUUUGAGAAAAAUUGAAAAGGAAUGAGAAAAGGUAAUUUUUAACAACUUCGGUUACGGUGAUCCGCGAGUGCAAUGUGUUUGUAGUAUGUUUGCAGAAAAACAUUAAAAAAACGACGCGCAAAUGUUUAAAAAGUUCUAUUUUUUUAACCUUUUUGAAGGUAUCUAAUGUUUUAAUUGUUUAAAAACUAUAAGUAUCAUUUUCAUACAUUUUCAUAUUUUUACUUUACAGCUAGAUGAGUCGGUGGACGUUGAAAUCGAAGGAUCAACAGCGUUACCAGUUGCUUUGAAUGCUUCAAUUGCUGAUCCUCUGCAACCAAUCCGAUUCGUGCUCGUUAAUCAGCACGCUCUCGAUGGCGGCGAUGUUCGCGUCAAGGUUUAUUUUUAGAUUUUGAUCAGAAUAUUAAUGAACUCAAUAUUUUUAGUUACAAGCUUUGGGUCUGAUCUCCGGGAAGUACCAUGAGACCUGGGUGACGUUCAAGAAAGUUUCCGACUCGAAAGUUCCCAACUUUUCCUCUUCUUCUCAGCAAGUGGUUGUUGAGAAAGGGUUCCGAGAGAAAGAAAGCGUGAUUAUCAAGGUAAAAAGAACAAGGAAAAUGACAAUAAGUCGGUUUUUUUUUCAGUUAGCAUCACCGCUUCCGAAAGGCGGCGAAAUAUUUCUGAUUGGCGCCAAUUCUAAUCGUUUUGAAGUGACACAUGAGGAGGAUUCUGUUGUAUUAACAACGGUUCCUUGCGGUAAGAAAACGGGAAUUGUUGGUUUAAAGGCGCAGAGAAAAUUUGAUAUUUCUUGACUUGAGCCAUCUAAAAAGGGUCCUGACACGAUGAGAAAAGAGGCAGUGUUUUUUUAAUGGAGAGCCCAGACAGACCAUGCCUAUUUUCGUCACAAGCUAGCCUUGAAUCAGCUAUAAAGGUUUCGAAACGAAAAGUAGUUUUUAGUAUUAUUUGAGUCCAUGCGCCUUUAAACUCUUUAAAAAUGGUCUUGAGAAGAGCUUUUUUGUGAUUUACAGAGAACUGCUCUUCCAUCCUUCCAUUUUCCACACUUCUCGUCGCUCGAGUUGGUAAAGAUCAUAAAGAGAUGACCCUGAAUUUUGUUCAGGAGGAGGUAUUUGAAAAAAAUUGUUCUUAUUUGAUGAAUUUCAAUUCCAGAAGGCUUCUCUUCAUUUCGAUCGUGAUUUAUAUGAAACAACCGUCGAGGAGAAAACUGGUCAUCAGAAGAAACUGUUGAAGCUGAACGCUAUUGGUUGGUUUCAUCAGAGAAAAGAGUAAAAAAAUAGAACUUCGUCAAAAAAAUGGUAUAGAUUUUUAAUUUGAGAAAAAAAGCGUAAAAAAACAGGAUACGGCUUUUCGCGCUGAAACCUAUUAAAACUGUUCCAUGCUCCUUCAAAUUAAAAAAACCAGAAUAUGUUUUUUUUAAAAAAAUGGAGCAAGGACAUUUUUUUGAAACUGUUUGUGACAAAAAAACAUUAUUCAAAAAAAUUGAUCAUUUUUUUUGUGAGUGUUCUAUCGAUUUUUUUCUGACGGGGAAGGUUAUUUUUACUUUUACGCUCGAGACUUUUAGAACACCUAAAUGUAUUAAAAAAAUAAAAACUGAAAUUCUCGACCUUCACAAAAAAAUUUUUGAGAACGGAAACCCUCAAAAAUCCGGUAUUUUGGGGCUUUGAGCCCUUAUUUCUCGAAAAAAAUAAGGAAUUCUGCAGAUUGAGACCCUCAGAGUCUUUUUUUGUGGUACAUCUUGGAAUUUCCUAACCAUUUUUCAAAAAAAUUCCCAUACUCAAAGUGAAAUGACCUCUUUUGUAAGAAAAAAAAAGGAAAAUUUAUGAAUUUCUGCCUUUUUUCUCGUUCGACUGUAGUGAAGCAUACUCAGAAAAAAAUUUUUUAGUUUUUGAAAAAAAUAAUGUUCAUUCGUUCAAUUUCUAGAGAGAAUUUAGAAAGUAUCUUCUAGGGAACAUUUCGGCGAUCAUCUACUCUCUAAGAGAUUCCAGUGGUCUCUUCUCCAUCCACCUUACGGAAGGGCUUCUGACAAUUCUGGUACUUUUUCAAAGAAGAAACAAUCUGAAGAUGUCGGUUCAGCACCCGGAAUUCGUCACACGGAGCAGUUUGGGAGAAACGGUGACGUUGACGGCGAUCGCCACGGACUCUUCGUCUUCUCAAACGACCAACGCCACGAUCCUUGUCCACCUCGAGGCCGAGCAAGACGGACCCGUCAUGUUCGGCUUCGACGAGGAGGCCUACGAGUUCUCGGCGUCGAGCACCAAGAAACUCCUCGGGAAGCUCCCUUUGAAGGGCGCCACUCAGCUCCUCGCCUACCGUAUCACGGAAGGUCGGGCCGAUCUCUACGAAGUCACUCCCGAUGGCGAUUUGAACUAUCUCGGAGCUCCUUUGAGGGAAUCCAGAGAGGAUCAUCUUACGGUAGGUUUUGCGAUUUUUAACUCGACGGGAUUUCCAUGAGUACCUGAAAAGGGAAUUUUUAAAAAAUUUUUAAAAAAAGGUCUUAGAAUACUUUCCCAGCUUUGAUUUCGUUGUCUAACUCACUUCUCGUUCAAAUCGAAAAAGUUAUCAUUAGCUUUUACUCCUUAAGAGAACUGAUGUUCAAGAUUUCCAAUUAUGGUUUUAAAUUGAAUCCUCUCGCAGGGUAAUAGAUGGAUCAGCUACGGUAGGUUAUACGAUUUUUCACUUGAGCCAGGACGCACAAAUUUAUUAUUUUUUCUUUGUACCAUCGAUUGAUCGUCUUGAAGCUCGUUAGAGCCCCGAUAAUCGGUCAUUUUCAGCUUUACUUUUCUCCAAGUCCUACAGUAACUUUCUCUUUCUGAUUUUCAAUUCGAGAUAUAACAAGUAAACGGAGUCCAAAAGGAGCUUUUCAAAAAGUAUAUACCUUUCCAGUUCAUUUUUAACUUUGUAUCGACCGCCUUGAAGUUCGUUACUUUCCUUCCUUCAAAUUCUCACCUUCUAAAAAUUUUAAAAAUUUAACAUAUUCAUUUUUUUCCUGUUGCACAACGUUAAAUAGCAGUAAAGUGUCAUCAUUAUUAUCAAAAACCCAUUGAUUUUUACUACGUUUAUGUAAACUUGAGAUCAAGAUCUGAUUUUUUGAUUUUGAAUCCUUUUUUUAGUAAAAUGAACUUACGGUAAUUUUUGCGGUUUUUAACUCGAGUUAUAACGGGAACGCGGGAAAAGUCCAAAAGUACCUGAAAAGGUCUUUGAAAGACCUUCCGAGCUUCUUUUUGUGUCUUCCUUUUGGAAAGGGUUUUUUAAAAAAGACAAAAAAGGUGUAGAAAAAAAAAUCACGAAAAGUUUCAGAAAAAGGAGAAAGAAAUAACGGAUAAAAAGGUCAUUUUUCCUAAGAAAGGUGAAUAAAUGAGCUUAGAAGAAGCUGUUUUGCAGUUUUUUGGGAUCGUGAAAUGGAACUUAUGGAACAAAAAGUCCUUAAAGGGCCACUUAAACUUUCCCUCUGGAGUUAUCAGUAUUUUACUUUACUUCUGUCGAUCAAAUUCUCAUCUUUGAAUUUUAUUUAACCUCUCUUUCAGUAAUUUAGAAAUAUUUAGUUUCUCCGUAAACUUGGAGCUUCUGAUUAUCAUAAUUAUUAACUAAAAAAAUUGCAGGAAGCUGAAAAUGGUGAUUUUCAAUACUAUUUUUAGAUUCUGAUGGUUUGUGGGAAGUUUUUUAGAGGGAAUUUUAAAACUUUCCUGUCCUUCAGUUUUUGAGCAUGUAGUUCUAGUAUGAAAAUGGUUCCAGGUCGCUGCCCAAGAAGAAAAGAACGGAUUGAAAUUGGCGACGACAAAAGUGACAGUGAAACUGGAAGGAAUCGGUUCUCACGCUGUCGAAGUUCAAGAAUCCGAAGAAGGCGUCCUUUCUUUGAGUAGCGGUCAGAAAAGAAACCAUCCAUCCAAAGAAAAAUCGGGAUUCCAGGCGAAGAAGUUGGAGUCGUCGUGUGCUCCGUCGACUUCAGCGACAGGGAUCCGGACGCCGCCUUGAAAUACACCUUAUCAGUCGCCGAAGCUUCGGAAAUCGAUGGAACUUCGGCUCCAGAUGACGUGGCGACGUUCUUCGACGUCGUGCCGUCUGGCCAAUCGGCGCACGUCAUCUUGCGGAAAUCCCUCGGCGCUUCUCGACUCGCGACAAUCAAGCUGAAGGUGGCGGCUCGAGAUGAAGCUCAUCCGAUGGAGCCUGAGGCUGUUGGUAGGAAAUUCGUCGAUUCUUCCGAGAAACUUGAAAUUUCAAGGCGAGAGGCUGGUCAUUGUUGAGCAUGAGCAAGCGGAUUGGGAUAGCUCACCUUUGAAGAUGGUUCAGGUAUAUUUUUACUAUGAAAUCUGAACUUAAAAAAUAGUUAGUUUCAGCAAUGUGACAACUAGGAGCUCUAGAAGCUUGAAAAAAUAUAUAUAAAAAUCCCUCAAGUGGUCACUAAUUCACCUCAAGGGGUGACACUGAAGUCACAGAGUCGUAGAAUAAUAUAUUCCGAUUGUUUCGAUCCUUUCCUCAUUCAUAUUUUUUUGGUUCAGGUAUUAAGGUUGUUCAUUAUGAAAUCUUUUUUUAAAGCAAGCUUUGAAAAUUCAUAUUUUCAGCAGUGUGACCACUAGCAGCUCUGGUAGUUCGAAAAAAAAAUUCAAUAAAAAUCCCUUAAGUGGCCACUGAAUCAAUAAAAGUCCCUAAGUGGUCACUGAAUCAAUAAAAGUCCCUGAGUGGUCACUAAAGCUUUGAAAAUCAAUAUUUUCAGCAGCGUAACCACUGAUAACUCCAGACAUAAGGUAGAUAGUCUAAUAAAUCCCUUAAGUGGUCUUCUUAAGAAUUCCCUUGAAUGGUCACUGAAAAAUCCCUGAGCUCGCACUCCUGUUGAGAGUCAAUUUUCUGACUUCAAGCCUUUCAUCAUUUGUCAUUUUUUCCUUCUGAUGGUUCAAAAACAGUUGCGUGACUACUCAAGCUGUAAAAACAAAUUUAGAACGCUGGAGAUUUUUUGACAUUUUUUUUUCCAGUUUUAAAUUUUUUUGUGGAACAUCACCACUGGGAACUUUUUCAAACUUCCUAUUUCUUUCAAGAAAUACUUAAGUUUUAACCACUAAAGGGACCACUUAAAAUCGAAAGUCCUACCAAGGCUAAAAUACAGUUUUUCUCCAAAAAUCUAUGUGGAUUGUACUUUUUUCAGCGAUUUUGAGACCUUUUUUUCCUUUUCUCUAAAAUUUUUGAACCACUGAGGUCGUUUAUCGAAGCCAGAAACCCUUUAACGGCCACCAGAAAUCUCGGAAGUUCCACAGGUACCCAAGGAAAUCAAUAUUCUGGAAUCAAGUCCCCAAGGAUCCUUCGUUUAUCAAGCCGUCGUCGUUCCCUUCAAUAGAAAUCUCUCGUUCCACGUUGAUCCGGAAAAUUCAUUCGAAAUUGAUGAGAAUGGUAAUCUGAAACUUUGAGAACCUUUUAGGGAAAUUUAUCAAAUUUCAGGUAAAAUUACGACCAAAGGAAGUCUUCUCAAUGAGACAAGUCCUAUUGAAAUGGUUAUCCGAGUGGAAAACGGGGAGAAAAAAGAUGAAGCUUCGACGAAAUUGGUGAUUCUGAAACGACGCCACGCCCAUUUUGCUGACCCUGAGUACUCUUCGAACAUUCCGCGACAUGCUCCGAUUGGUAGAUUAGAGUAAACUCAAUAAAAUUGUGAAACUUUUCAGGCACCGUGAUCGGACUCGCCUCGGCCGUCAACGCCAGCGACGACGCCAUCACCGACGGAUUCGCCCUCCUUGGACCUCAAUCUGAACGAUUUACCGUCGACUCACAAGGGUCCAUGAAGACGAAAUCUCCCCUCAACGACACCAAACAGAAGAACUUUGACUUCUUCGUCGCCUUGGCUGACGAUCCGUCGAUUGUCGCGCCGGUCCACGUGACGAUCGAAGAUUCGACGACGUCGCUGACGAUUCUAGAGGACGAAGUCGUCGCGAUGAUCUACGACGACGCGCCCAUCCAAUCCUUCGUCGCGAGGGUCGCCGUCGCUGAAGACGUCCCCGUGAAGUUCUCCCUGGACUCGGAUGACGUCGACGCUCUCCGCAUGUUCUUCGUCGACGACGACGGCACAAUUCGGAACGUCGAGCUUCUGAGAGGCCACGCCGGGAUGAAGAGGAUGACGGUGACGGCGAGUACGAUGGACAACGCCGGAGUGACGUCGACCAACGCGACGGUCAUCAUCGACGUCCUUCCCUCGGAUGACUGCCAGCCACAGAUCGACCCCGAGCAGAACUUGAUCUUCCAUGUUCGAGAGGUGCUGAUAAUGAAAUUAGAAUGUAGUCUGCUCAGUUGAGUACAAUGAAGCUCUGUAGCUUUCUGAUUGGUUUAUUAGGGGCGGAGCUUGAGCUACGACUUGACUUUCAAAAUCUGAACAGACUUUUUUCCAGAACCAACCAGUCGACACGGUGAUCGGCCAAGUUGACGUCAAGCCCUUGAGCCAAAAAUGCAACCUGCGCUUUUCGUUGUGGGACCCGAUCAAUCGGAAAGACGUGCAGUCCAAUGAACUGCUAUCGAUUGACGAGAAGAGCGGAGAGAUCAGAACCAACCAGGAAUUCGACUUUGAAAAGACGAACAGUUAUCCGGUUAUUUUUUCUACUUUUCUAGGAGGAAUUUCAGGGAGAACUGUAUAAGUUGGUGAAAUUUUGACAAGAAUCAGAAAUAAUGGAAAUAUGGCGAUUUGGUUUGUCCAUAGAGCAACUUUACUGCAAAACGCCCUUUUAGCGGGAAUUUAAAAUAGGCAAACUCGGUAAGGGCUGAGAAAGGCUCCAUAAAAGGUUCCUUUUUUGCUGCCUUUUUGCGCCAUUUCAUCGGCUUUUAUGCACCAUUUUUGCUGCCUCUCACCAUUUCUUAAGCCUUUAAAAUCCUAGGAAAAUGGAAGGCUUGAUAAAGGGACUCCUUUUGCUGCCUUUCUUCGACCUUUUUGAGCCCUUUUGGCCUUUCUGCGGCCAUUUUGCGGCCUUUUUCGAGCCUUUUGUCUGUCUUUCUGUGGCAUUUUUUGAGCCUCUCUUUUUUAGCGGAAGUCAUCCACCCUUUCCAGCUUUGCUCGAACUCCUUUAAAUUGAUUUAUCUCGAAAACUAAAAGCUUUUGUAAAUUUUCAAGUAAAAUUUUCGACACGCAAUAAAAGGCUCUACAAAAUGAUUCGAGCCCCAUUUUUUUUUCAACUGCCCUUCUAAAAGUAUCCUGACAAGAACAAAAAAUCAAAGAAAACGUUGAAGAUAUUGCUGUCGGUGAGGGCUGGACGUCACAAUUCGGAAAAAAUAAACGGAGAGCUUCUUGUAAUGGACGAGGACGAUCACAAGAUCCACUUUGACGUUUCAAUGGUCACUGUUGAGGUUUCCAAUAACCUGAUAAACAAGAAAAAAAAAGAGGAUUUCAAGGUUCCUGAAGACGCGCCGACUUCCUCGGUGGUCACGACCGUGAGAGCCGUUGACCUGGACGAGCAGCCCAUUUUCUUCCACUUGGCUUCGAGCUCACCUCCGCAGUUCUCGUUGCAUUCGACCACUGGAGUGGUCACUUUGGAGCAGCCCCUGGAUAGGGAAUCUGACGACGAAUAUGUGUAAGGAGGCGUUACUGAAACUGGGAAAGUAAAAAAAAAGCAAAAAAAAAAUGCCGUAAAAAGAAAAAAGCAUUCCAUUCUGGGAAAAAUUUAAGCGGCCACUAUAGGGUUUUGACAUUUUAAUGUCUACUAAAGAACUCAAGUUAGUGGCCACUAUAGAGAUCUAAGUGCUACACUAGAACACUAAAAAUUUUAGUGGCCACUUUAGGGGUCAAUUGAUCAACAUAACUGGUCCAAUCUGUUUGUUUUAAAAUUAUCAGAGUUACUGGAAGGAAUACUGGACGACAAAGUGGCCGCUAUAGAGGUGGGUUUAGUGGUCACUUUAGUGUCUUCUCCAAGUAGUCCUUGGCGAGCCUCUAUAGUGGCCACAAAAAAGUUCCCAGAUUCUGCGCCUGCUUGUCCCGUUUUUCUUACAAAACCGCUCACCAAAUUCGGCCGAUAUUCGUUUCAAGACCUUUGUUUUUAUAGAGCACAGGCUCAGGCUCAACAAUGCUGAGCUUACGGUAGCUUUUUCUUUGCUGUGCUUUCAAAACGUGGCUCGGAAAACACUAUAAAAAUAAGCUCAAAAAUGAAAUAUUCCAGAUAUUUCUCAGAAACUCGACCAAAACGCGUUUGCUCUUUUGUAUUUUUUCCUAAAAUUCGAAUUUUAUAGCUCAUUCGCCAAAAAUUGAAAAAAUUCAAUUUACUUGCACCUAUUCACUCCUUGUCGACUUUAUUGAGUUUACGGACUUUUUCCAUCUUUCUAUGACCUAUCGGGUCAGGGAGAAGAGAGCGCAGACAGGUCAGCACGCUUCAAAAUCUCGCCGAUUAGUUUAUAAACUUGAAUAAAUCUUCUUUAUUCUACCCUGAACCUUUUUAAUUCAGAAUCGACAUUGGCGCUUCAAACGAGGCGAACACGCCGCAAGAUUCCUGGCCAACGGCCAUGAAACUUGUCGUUCGUGUCAGGGAUGUGUAAGUUAUCAGAGGGAUCUCUUUAGUGAAAAAAUUACUCUAGAAACGACAACGGUCCUGUCUUUGUGAGAAGCAAGUAUGAAGCCAUUAUCGACAAGGAUAUUGUCGUUGGAUCGGAAAUUUCGACGGUUAAAGCUGUGGAUCCGGAUUCCAGCAUGAGUGGUGAGAAAUAUAUUUUUAAGGGUCUUUUUCAGAAGUUUGGAGAAAAAGGAGCUUCUAGAAGGAUCUCAGAAAUCAGAAAAAAAAACUUUUGAAAUUUUUGUUUUCCAAAAAAUUUUAUAGCGGAGUCCAAAAGAUUUAGAGCUUUUAAUGGACGUUUGUGGUUUUUUAGAAUGCUUAAAAGCGAUCCUUUAAGGGAACAAAAUUUUCUGAGAAGUUCCCUUGAAGUUUUACCAAGUCCCAGAUCUAGCUGAUUCACGACUGGCUUGAGUCAUCGAGAUAAAAGGUCCUUACACGAUCAGAAAAGAGAUAGUGCCUGAGUUGUGGAGAGCGCAGACAGACCACGCCCCCUUAGAGUCAUAAGCUAGCCGUGAAUCGGCUAUACGAAGCUUAGUAUCUCUAGAGUCACCACUAGAGGGGCCACUUGAACUAAAAACAUCACUAGAGGGACUACUUAAACUAAAGCUACCCCUAGAAGGACCAUUUGAACUAGAGCCUUCCCUAGAAGUACCUUUUGAACAAUAGCCAUCACUAGAAAGUCCACUUGAAGUAAAGCUAUUCCUAGAAGGGCCAUUUUAACUAAACCCAUCCCUAGAAGGACCACUUGAACUGAAGCCAUUACUAGAAGGACCUUUUAAACAAUAGCCAUUCCUAGAAGGACCACUUGAACAAAAGCCAUCACUAAAAGGACCACUUGAUCUAAAACUACACGAGAAGGACCGCUUGAACUAAUACCUUCCCUUUUUUUUUCCUUGAAGCUUGAAAAAUCGGAUUUCAGUCAAAAAACCCAUCGAAUACUCGGUGACUGGCGCCAACUUUGAAUACCGGGGGAUGAGUCGCCGAGUCGAGGGCAUUUUCGACGUCGAUCCUUCUACAGGACAAGUAAAGGUCCUUCAGCCGUUAAGGUUCAUUUCAAAAGAUUCAUUGGGAAUUUAUGGUGGUUAAUUUGUAGAGACUACGUUGGCGGAGUGUUCCACGUCUCUCUGCAAGCCAAAGACUCGGCCGAUGAUAGCAUCGGAAAAGUCGGUCUGAAGGUAUAUGUUCACGAGAACAGCGACGUGCUCAGCCUCGAGCUGCCCUACAAGCCGAAUGACGUCACGCCGGAGAUUGUCGAUGACGUCACUGGGUAAGAGAGAAGUUGCAAGAUGGGAAGGACAUAGAAAAAGUCGCUAAGAGUUGAGAAAGGCUCCAUAUACCUUUUUUGUUGCCUUUUUGCGCCAAUUCAUCGGCUUGUAUGCACCAUUUUUGUUGCCUCUUAUUUUUUCCAUCCUUUUUUGAGCCUUUACAAUCCCAGGAAAUAUAGGAAACUCGAUAAAGGAACCCUUUUUGCUGCCUUUCUGCGACCUUUUUUGAGCCUUUUUGCUGCAAUUUUGCGGCCUUUUUCGAGCUUUUUUGCUGCAAUUUUGCGGCCUUUUUUGAGCCUCUCCCUUUUAGCGGCCAUUAUCCACCAUUCCGACUUUUCCCCAGUUGAAGGAUUCUUUCAAACUUAUAUUUCAUGGAAAAGCUCUCAAAUGACAAAAAAAAACUAGGUACAUUUUUUUAACCAUAACGGAAAUAUGUGGUGUGGUUUUUCCAAAAAAAUUGUCACCCUAUGCGCCUUUAAAAUCGCUUCCAUUCGAGGCCUGGAGUAUUAAAGGCGUAUGAAGAAGCUCUUCAAGAUUGUCCCACCAGGAAAAUUAUUCUGCUUUUCAUUUUUCCAAGGACAGGCUCAAUUUGGGAUUUAAAUAAUCUCCGAUUCUGAAUCCUUUGCCAAAAAGUUUUCCACCUAUGCACCUUUAAAGUCGCUUCCAUUUGCAAUCUGAAUUACUAUUAAAGGCGCAUCAAGAAACUCUUAAAGAAUAUCUGACAACAAAAGUUUUUCUGCUUUUCCUUUUGCCAUGGACAAUUUAAACUAUCUCCAACCCUUACCUGAAUAAAAAUGAAAUUUUAAGCCUACUUUCAAACGUGACUGGGCUUUUGACCCUGGCAAAGGAAGUCGUCUACAAAACCAACCAUGGAAUCGUCUCAACGAACUCGGUGGAUCUGAGAGUGGUUCGUCGUGGAAAAAAAAAGGGUGAAAAGCUCAAAAUGCAGUUUGUAGGUACUUUUCAACAAGACGGCGUCGGAAAUGCUGCCGGCCGACCGGUCCUUGGCCAUUUUGGAGAACCAGCCGAUGGCUCUGAGAGGACUUCCAACGCCUAGAAAAGUUCAUGUCCGUGAAGUUUUCCGAAAAAAAGUGUGGGACUUCUCUGCGCCCUCUCAUGCUGUAGUGCUAUUUUCAUUUUUCUAUGACCUCUCCGGUGAGGGAACAGAGAGACGCAGGCAUGCGAAAACUUUCAAGACGCGGCGAAAAAUUGAAAAAAUUUGAGAAAACUUAUGAGUCAAGAAUUUCGGUGCAGAGAUUUGAACCUUUGAAAAAAAAAUUUUUUACGGAAACAGAAAAUUUUCCAGCUCUGUGAGCCAGCAAUUGUGCUCUUCUGACGAAACUCGGUUUUUAUUACAAUUUUUAUUCAAUUUCCGUGGUUAUUAAUAGCUUAGAACUAGAAAAUGAAUUCAUGACCGAAUUUUCUGAAAUUUUGUCCGUGGAGCGCAGAUGCCCGUAGCUUUUGCCUUUUCAAAAAGACUCAAAAAUUUCAGGUCGAGCCUUGGAAAGCUGAAGACGACAGUGGAAUCCCUGUGGAAGUUCUGAUCAUUGCCAUCGGUUUCCUCCUUCUUCUAGCCAUCAUCUUUGUCCUCAUGGCUCUCUUGAUGUGCUUCUAUAGAGCCAGGUCGCGUGGAAGCAAGGAUAAUUCUAGAAUUGUGUCCAUUUAAGGUAUCUCCGCGAUAGGAAACGGUACGAAGAUGAACAGGCGAUUAAGAAUGCGGUGAACGUCGGGGCGAGGCGAAGUCCUCCGUUGAUGUGGGUAGAAUCAUUGUUGAGUUGCUUGAAAAAGAGGAAAAAUAAUUGACCUAGAAGAUUCAUACUGCACAGCUUCCCAGUUAUUGAGAAAAAAAAGGUCCAAAGCCCCAAAUAAGCUUAUUUUCAAGGGGUUUCUUUGACUUUGGGGUGUCCUUACUCAAGGACUAGGAAAUUGCGAAGGCUGAGACUUCCGGAGUUUUCAUCUGGUGUGUUGAGGAGGGCUAUGGACCAUUUUUGGCCAACAGGCUUGGGCGAGGGCUAAACUGUCGACCGUUUUCUAAGCCCGACCCGGCCCGCUUGUCAGCCUAACAGUGCAAAAGGUCGAGGUAUUGGAAUUUAAUAAGACUAUAGUGAAUUUCAAAGUUUUGAGCGCUUUUUUUUAUUCCAAUUUCAAAAGUUCCCCAUUUUUUCAAAGAAAAACAAUUGGCAAAAAUAAAUUGCACAAAAAAGAAUUCGAACCUGCAUCAUAGGUUCCAUAGCGCUAGACCGCUAGCCACUACACCACGCUGGUAGCUAGAGAUAGUCGCCGCAAUAGAUUCUCUCCUUCCAUCCAAUGCAUUUUUUGCGUGCAAACUUUGAGGCGCCAUAACUCGACUAGAACCAAAAAGGCGCACUUUUUUUCAACUUUCUUGAAUUCAGGGUGUCCAAAAGCACCUAUAUACCAAGUUUCAUUAAAUUGCGAUAUCUCGACCUUUUGCACUUCCCGUGUAGGUCUUUGACUCGAGCAAAAAGGGCCGGUCUGACCCAAACAGCUCAAAUUUUCUUCAAUAUACCGAAUUUUUCAACACCAAAAAGCACACUCUUGAUUUUAUCCGAAAAUUUUGAGUUAGAUGAAACGGGCUUUUUCGCAAAAAAUGAGGCCGGAAGCCUGGGCCACCCUGCCUGAGCGCAAAGAAAAUCAUCUUCCUUGCGAAACGCCGAGGUUUCAGUUCGUUCAAGCACUACCCGUCACCUGCCCCAGAGCUGCACCAACGACCCCUGCCCUACGGCGACAAGCACGUCUACCGUUCGCCGCUGGCCGAUGAACGCGUCGGCAGCUACGCGAUCCAACAGGCUUCUGUCACCGUCGGCGGCGAUCACAACGAAGAACCAAAGAUUACCUGA